AUGGAUGUGACCGUGCCCUUCGAAAAUAUCUUCGAGGCACUCGAGAAAGCGAGGAUCGUAAAUAUCGCGAUGUACCAGCCCCUCGCGGACGCGUUGGCAUGGUUACAUUGUACAUGCCGACGGCUUCGUCUAGGUGCCUGGAACUCGCAUAACGAGCAUGUUAACACGUUUUUGCGGAUCUCGUCAAGGUACGCUGCCUUGAUGAGAAAACUGGUGAUGUCGGAGACGAUUUCGUUUUCCCAGGACACGUACGUCGAGCAUGUCUGGGACAACCGAAAGCAUGCUGACCCGCGCCAAUCGUUUUGUUAUAUCUUUGCUGGUUAUAUCUUUGCCACCGGAGUAUAUUCUCAGCGUAAUGCCGCUGGUUCUGUAAUUCUCUGCAUGUUUGCAUGGCCCUCAGGGCAACUGUGUGUGUUUGAGUGGGUGGUAAGUUGGAGACCCGUGCGAGAAUACUUCCAGCUCUGCAUUUUUCUGAGAUUUUCUAUUUUAUCGUGCCCUGUGGGCAGAUUUGUCAGCUUUUCUUUGUAUCAUCGCUCGGGAGAAACAUUGCUUGCCUAAAUAAAGUCCUAUUAGAUUGGUCGUUAUAUAUUAAUGAACUGUGUAUAUAGUGAUCGCAGCGAUGCGUAUCUUGUAUAAGACUAUCAAAAUCAAAAUAAUGUUUUUAUAGGGAGAAUUUGAGUAUUUUAAAGGAGCAUAUGUAUACACGACCAAGAACAGCGGAAUAUUUCCGAGAGUAUAA